AGUAAGAAUUUCAAAACAGAAAGGGAGCAUUGUUUAUUUAUCCUUUGAAACAGCGAUUUCAGUGGUAGGAAGUAUCAUUAAGUUAUGUCUUGAAAUGAAGCAGGGUUGUCUGUGUCAUUUUUAAGCGUUAGCUACCGCACCUGUCUUUUCUUUGUCAGUGUCUGUCACAAUGUAGGAUAGCUACAUUCACUGGGUCAUCUAGCUAACUUUGGAAGAGCUGAAAGUAAUGUACAGUAGCAAGACUAACUACUGGUGUCGAGGGAUCUAGCUAGCCAGCUAGCGUGCUAGGUACUUUCUAACUGAACUGACUACACCUGUUUCGUCCAAGAAGUUGGCUAGCAGGCCAACGCACAGUGUUCCAUAAGUAUUGUCGCCAGAUGUUGUUUUAAACUAUUGCACAAUGAAAAUUCGUUCGUCUGUUUUCGCCUCUCUCUGCCUUAUAUUUGAAAUUUUUGGCAUUGCGCUUUUCUUAAGAGGAUUUUUCCCGGUUCCGGUCAAGUCGUCAUUUUCGUCGAAGAGUAAACUGUCCGAUCUACCUGCAGAGCCGCUAACAGGAAACAGCCCCAACUCCUCCAAAGUCCCAACGUCCCUCUUCAGAAGGGUGGUGAUAGUGGUGAUCGAUGCUCUCAGGGAGGACUUUGUUUUUGGGCCCAGGGGGCGGCAGUACAUGCCCUACACUCGGAAUCUGGUGGAGCGAGGCUCCUCCCUCAGCUUUGUGGCCAAGGCACGGCCUCCUACAGUCACGAUGCCUCGCAUCAAGGCGCUGACCACUGGCAGCAUCCCUGGCUUCAUUGACGUGGUGAUGAACCUGAACUCACCAGCACUGCAGGAGGACAACAUCAUCUGGCAGGCUAAGGCUGCAGGCAAGAGGAUCAUCUUCUAUGGGGACGACACCUGGGUGCGCCUCUUCCCCAAGCACUUCAUGGAAUAUGACGGCACCACGUCCUUCUUUGUAUCUGACUACACUGAGGUGGACAACAAUGUGACACGUCACCUGGACAGCACCCUGAAGCGCGAUGACUGGGACAUCCUGAUCCUGCACUACUUGGGUUUGGACCACAUUGGCCACUUGAGCGGUCCCCACAGCUCGCUGGUGGGGCCCAAACUCCUGGAGAUGGACCACAUCCUCAAGAGGAUCCAUGCCUCCCUCAUCUCCAGGGAGACUGAGGGGAGCUUGCCCAACCUGUUGGUCCUGUGUGGGGACCAUGGGAUGUCAGAGACCGGCAGUCACGGUGGGUCAUCUGAACCUGAGAUCAGCACCCCACUGGUGCUGAUCAGCCCAGCUUUCAAGAGGAAAGCGGGGAUGGAAACACCCAGCACAGUGGAACAGGUGGACCUGGUGCCCACACUGGCCCUGGGCCUGGGCCUGCCCAUCUCACAGAACAGCGUGGGCCGCCUCAUCCAGCCCGUCUUCCAGGGGACAUCCCUCCGGGACCAGCUCCGCUUCCUCCACCUCAACGGCUUCCAGCUCAGUUGCCUGCUCAAGGACAGCAUGCCUGCCUUCGAGAAAGAGGAAGGCUACGAGCAGUUCCGUGUGGCGGAAAAGUCCCAUGGGAGCUGGAUGAAGCUGUACCUGGAGGGGAACACGUCGGAGGUGCUGAACAACAUGGGCCGGAAGGUGCUGAAGCAGUACCUGGAAGCCCUGCAGGCCAUGAGUGCCGCCCUGAGCAAGCAGCUGGGGAAGUAUGACAUCUACUCCAUGGUGGUGGGCAUGGUCCUGGUCCUCCAGGUGCUGCUGCUCCUCCUGAUAGCUAUGCCAGAGGCCCUGAGCAGCAGUGCAGAGGUGGAGCUCCCCCUGGCCUCCGCCCUCCUUUCCUUACCCUUCUACCUGCUGUGCCUCCUGUGCUGCUCCGUGCACGUGCUGGUGUGCACGUCGGCUGAGGGCUCCUGCUACCUGUGCAGCCUGUCGUGGGGCCUGGUCCUAGUGGCCACUGCCUUCUCCUGCGCCUUGCUGUGCAUGCUGCUCUCACUGGCCAACCAGAAGAUGUCCCCGGGGAGCAGGCCCACAGGAAAGAGCUCAGGUGACUCCUGUUUCUCGGAGCUUGACGUAUUGUUGCUGAUUGGGACUGUGGGUCACGUGAUCAGCCUGGGCUCCAGCAGCUUCAUUGAGGAGGAGCACCAGACCUGGUACUUCCUGCUCAACACGCUCUGCCUGGCCGUCUUCCAGGACGUCUGCCGCAAGUAUUUCCAGGAGAGGCGGGGCACUGGGGAUGAGGGCUCCUACCUGCCCUCGAUGGAGGGCCCCUCAGCGUCGCUCUCCCCUGUGGGGGAGCUCAGCGUUGGCGCAGGCUCAGAGAAGUGGCUGGCCCUGGCCACGCCCCUGCUCACCCUGGCCUGCUGCCGCCUGCUGCGCUCCCUCAACCAGACCGGCGUGCAGUGGGCACACCUGCCUGACCUGGGCCACUGGCUCAACAGCCAGGAGCAUAAGGCGGAGCUUUCCCUGCUGGCAGCUGCCUCAUUGGUCCUCAUGUUCUUCCUGGUGCAGCGUCGCUGUUCCCUUGUAUCUAAGAUUGCACUGGCCCUGGGCCUCCUAGGUGUGUACAGCUACCGGGCUGCUGUGGGCAACGUGCUGUUCCCAUGGCAACCAAAGGAAGGACGAGACCUCUCCAAAGGGACAGUGGAGGCCCGCUUUGUCUACAUCUUCGUGCUGGGCAUCCUGUUCACGGGUGCCAAGGAUCUGCUGCGCUCCCAGGUUAUCAGUGCCGAUGCACGACUCAAGAGCAGGGGCUUGUGGGAGGUGUACAGCGGCGUGGUCCUUCUGUGCGCGCUGGUCCUCAGACCCCACAACCUGCCAGUGCUGGCCUGCUGUCUACUGAUCCAGACAGCUAUGGCCCAGUUCAUCUGGAAGGAGCUGCAGUAUGACGCCGCACAGACGACCAUCAUGCACUACUGGUUUGGGCAGGCAUUCUUCUACUUCCAGGGGAACUCCAACAACAUCGCAACGGUGGACAUCUCAGCCGGCUUUGUGGGUCUAGAGAGCUACGUGGAGAUCCCAGCGGUCUUCCUCACCGCAUUCAGCACGUAUGCCGGCCCUCUGCUGUGGGCGUGCCAUUUGGUCUGCUACCUCACCUCUGAGCGCCAUAGCAGGAGUGCAGCCUCCCUGGGCCACGGCUGUUACUGCUUCGCCUUGCUUCGCUCCGUCCCUGUGGUGGCCUACAUCCUGCUGAUCACUGCUCUGCGCUACCACCUCUUCAUCUGGAGCGUGUUCUCUCCCAAGCUGCUGUACGAGGCUAUGCACAUGCUGGUGACCGCCAUCGUCUGCAUCUUCUUCACUGCCAUGGACCAGAAUCACACCACCCGGUCCUGAGCCCUGCCGGGACGAGAAGUCAGCAGGAAGUGCACUCACCCCCUCUACUGCACCAGGGCUUAGGCUAUGAAGGAAUCCGCUCAUUAGCAUCUGGCUGUGUCAUUCCCAUGGGAGUUACAUAUUUUCUUUUCCCAGAAUGCUUCACUGCAGCAAAGUAACUUGCAGUGUAGACAGAAUAUUUAUCAUUGAUCAGCUUCAGUGCUGGGGUGAGUUUAUCUAUUCCUGUUCUGUUUUUGUUCGGAUUACUGAAAUGGGAUGUAAUGUUUCCGUGCAUAUUAAAUAGGAUGUGUGUCUGCUGUACCAGGGACUGUCACAUGGAAAUAAAUAGCUCUUUAUUGGCAAAUAAUGAUUAAUAUUUGGUAUUAGAUUCAGGAGAGUGAGGAUUGUUCUCUGGGAGUUUAAACAGAAAAAGCAUUUUCCUGGAUGUAACAAGCAUUUAUCAGCUUCGGCCACUUAAUCACUGUGCUCGAUGCUUCUAGUUAAAAUGC